UGUGACGUACAUAACCUCAAUUUUUGUUACAUCAUGUUUAUAUAUUAAUAAAUAGUAUCCUUCAAUCUUAUAGUUUAUUAAAAAUGUUGUCACUACACCAUCGGCAAGUCUUAAAGCAAAUUCUACCGAAAUUGGAAAUUUUUGUUAAAAAUAAAUCAACUGUUAAUUACCAGGAAAUUAGGAUACCUGUGCCGUGGGGCCACGUUGCAGGCAGGUGGUGGGGCCCCACGGACCAGCGACCUGUUCUAGCUCUCCAUGGGUGGCAGGACAAUUGCGGCUCAUUUAACCGAAUAAUUCCACUUUUGAACAAAAAUGUGGGUUUUUUGGCCAUAGAUUGGCCCGGUCAUGGCUACUCUUCGCGAAUCCCGAGCGGCCUAUACUGCCACUUUACAGACUAUCUCAUCCUAGUUCAGUAUUUAGUCAAUUAUUUCAACUGGUCUAAAGUGUCCCUUAUUGGUCACUCCAUGGGUGGUAUAACAUCCUACAUUUACACCAUGAUCCAUCCUAAAAACGUCGAUUUCCUCAUUUGUCUCGACGGGGCCAAACCCAUGAUUGCCGAAAACAACAUCCCGCGAAUGGCCCGAAACAUCACUAAUUUUUCCCGAUAUGAACAUUUCGAACGGAGCAAAGAGGAGCCCCCCAGUUACACAAUGGAAGAAAUUAAGCAAAAGGUCUGCGCCCCGAAUAACAAAUCAGUAGCGUACGAACAGGCACAUCAUUUAAUCGAACGCAAUGUCGCUCCCUCUAAAAACAAUCCAGGGAAGUACUACUUCACGCGAGAUCCGCGAUUGAAAGCGGGAGAAUUGAUGAAUUGGCCCCAGGAAGAGUCGAUCAGUCUUUCGAAGUCGAUCACAUGUCCGGCAUUUAUCGGCAAAGCCAUUAGUGGCUCGUAUUAUGAAGUUAAAAAGAAUUUUUACGAUGUGUUAGAUGUGCUUAAAAAAAGUAGCGUGGAUUGUCAGUAUCAUAGGUUGGAAGGCACACAUCAUUUUCAUCUGAAUAAUCCGGAGAUUUUAGCAGAGUUGAUAACGAAAUUUAUUGAUAAGCAUAAUGUGGAGAGUAGGGAAAUCGGUGGUAUUAAGGAAGAGAUGAGACAGAUGCGGGCUGCAUAAUGUGUUCUUUGUGUGUUUAUUUGUUCUAAGAGGGGAAUUCCGAAUUUGGCUGUAUUUCUGCAAAAUAAAUGCUUACCAGAAAUAAUAACUA